CUUCAAUUGAGGCAAGCUGUCUCGACGGCAGAACCGGUGGAGACGCGCUGAGUAGCGACGAGAGAGCUGAGUUGAUCCAGCCUCGGCCACUGACGACCGUUUUCUCUUGCGAUCCUGCUACACCCUCGUUUCCUGGGGGCUCUGUGGUCUUUGUCUUUUGUCGCCAUUCUUUGCCAGCCGCCGUCUUCAGCAGCGAGUGUGGAGUCCAUCCUCUCCGCCUUCCCUCUUUCAAAAUGAGGUUCGUGACAGCGGCCCUGCUGUCGCUCCUCGGCGUCGCGGCGGCCAGCUCCGUCGACCUCCCGUCGACCUUCAAGCCCCCACAGGUGUUCAAGAACGCAAACCUCGUCCACGUUGUGUCGCUCGAGAAGAACUACGUCAAGGAGUCGGUCAAUGUCCUGAUUGAGAACAUCGCCUCCUCGCCCCAAGAUGAAUACUUCAUCCCCUUUUCCUCGGACCAGAUGUCCCGCAUAGGAGGCAUCGAGGUCAAGGACAGGAAAAACUCCGAGGCUGGACCUUUUACCGUCGAGGCGGUCGAGUUUGACCCCAAGAGCGACCGGCAGUACUACCGAAUCCGCCUCCCGGAGCCGCUCCCGGCCGGCAGCCAGCAGACGCUCGGCAUCAGCUACUACUUCGUCAAGGCCUACACGCCGCUCCCGGCUCUGGUGACGCAGGAUGCGCCGCAGUUCCUGUCGUACUCGUUCUCGGCCUACUGCCCCUCGGUUUACGUCACGUCCAAGCAGAAGACCGAAGUCAAGGCCGCAUCGGCCAACGUGCCCGACUACACCAAGCUGCCUAGCGUCGAUGGCGACAAGCCCAACCCGUCCAAGCAGGGCACCAAGCUCGUGUACGGGCCGUUCGGCGAGAAGCCCGCCGGCGCCUCGGAGCCGGUUGACGUGCGGUUCGAGUUCGUCAAACCAGUCACGCACGUGUCCCUACUCCAGCGCGAUGUCGAGGUUAGCCACUGGGGCGGCAACGUUGCCUUCGAGGAGCGAUACGAUCUGGAGCACCGCGGCGCCAACCUGUCGGCGCUCUUCAACCGCGUCAAGUGGGCGCAGCAGAGCUAUCACAACUCGCCAACGCACGCGCUCAAGGAGAUGAGGUUCCCGCUGCGCGCGGGCAGCAGUGACGCCUAUUACUACGACGUCAUCGGUAACGUGUCGACCUCGCGCUUCCGCAGCGGCAAGCGCGAGGCCCUGCUCGAGAUCAAGCCCCGCUACCCACUCUUUGGCGGCUGGCAGUUCCCCUUCACCAUCGGCUGGAACUCGGACGCCAAAAAUUUUCUGCACCGCGCCGGAACCGGCUAUGUUCUGAACGUGCCCUUCCUCGAAGGCCCCAAGCAGCCCGAGGGUCUUGAGUACGCCAAGGUCAAGCUGCGGGUGCUGCUCCCUGAGGGUGCCCAGAACAUCAAGUUUUACACGUCCAUCCCGAGCUCGUCCAUAAUCUCGACCGAGAUUGGCACCCACAAGUCGUUCCUGGACACGAUUGGACGCACGUCGCUUGUUAUCACAGCGCAGAACCUUGUGGACGAGUUCCGUGACCGUGAGAUUGUGGUGUCGUACGAUUACCCGCUCCUGGCGAGCCUCAGGAAGCCUAUCGUCAUUUCAUCGAGCGUCUUUGGGCUCUUCGUCCUGACCUGGGCCAUCGGCCGGAUCGACACCAAGUUUGCGAACAAGAAAUAGACCACGAGGAGGAGGGUAUCAAAGGAUGGAUGGCGGAUUUCAUUUUGUGUACAUGUAAUACCACGUUUAAAGGGACCGGAGAAGAAAAAAGAAAUGGCAUUUUUGAGAUUUAUCUUCUGUGGCUGCGGCACGGCAGCGGUCAGCUGGGACGCAGACCCAAAAU